AUGGAUUGUACAUACUGUGCUACGAACCAUAUGACUGAUACUAAAGGCUUAUUACAUUAUAAACUAUCAGUAGGAAGCACAGGACAUGUUCGAUUACCUACUGGAGAUUCAGCCACUAUUUCACAUAUGGGGGAAUGUCAGCUCACGGGAGGUGGUACACUUAAAGAUGUUCUUUGUGUUCUAGCUUUCAAGUUCAAUCUUUUGCCAGUGUCUAAGAUGACAAAGGACUUGAAAUGUUGUGUCACAUUCUUUCCACAAUGCUGUGUAUUUCAGGACCUCUUGUCUGGGAAGGUGAAGGAGAUUCGCAAAUCCACUUAUGAAAUGCUACAUGGAAAACAACCAUCUAUUUCACACUUGAGAGUGGUAGGAUGCCUGUGCUUUGCAACAAACAUAAUCAAGCAUGAUAAUUUUGAGCCAAGGGUUUUGAGGUCUGUUCUAUUGGGGUAUGUAGCACACCAGAAGGGUUACAGGCUGUUAGACCUGGAGCACAGAGAUUUUAUCACAAAUUCAGCUCCAAUUGCAACACAGGUUCCACACAAGGAACUUUGUACACAAUCAGCACCAUGCUCUUCCAAUAUACCCAAGACUUCCCACUCCACAAAUACUGUACCUACUACAAUUCCUAAUGGUGCUUCUAUACAUGUUGAUUCCACUCUUGCUAAUAUUCCAGCAUUAGGUUGUUAUCCAAACACAUAUGGUCAGGAGAUUAGGAAAUCAGGGAGAGUGUCUAAACCUCCCAUAUGGAUGCGGGAUUAUGUUCAGCCUACCAAGGGGAAGUCUGCUGGCUGCUGCAAAUACCCUCUUUCCGAGACCAAGACCAAGGAUGAUCUACAGUCCAGUUUUAAAGUCAAAGACCUUGGUGAGCUUAAAUUUUCUUGGGCAUUGACUUUGCUAGGAGUGACAAGGGGAUCUUCAUGCACCAAUGAAAAUUCUCUCUCAGCUUUUUGUUAUGCUGAUUGGGCUGCUUUCCCCAACACACACAGGUCUGCCACAAGGUAUUUUGUCAAGUUUGGUAGCUCCUUGAUUUCUUGGAAGUCCAAGAAGCAGUCAACUAUUUCUCGCAGCCCAGUAGAGGUUGAGUAUAAGAGUUUGGCCUCUACAAUAGCUUAG